GAGAAUUUCAGCCAGAGGGACAGCCAGUGUAUAGAACCAGAGAUAGGAAUAAACCUGGCCUGUGUCUUCCCAGGUGACCACCCCUGCCUCAGGACAUGCUGGGGCACAGCCGCAACGGGCAGGCCCACGUGCCCCGGCGGAAACGCCGCAACCGCUUCGUCAAGAAGAACGGCCAGUGCAACGUCUACUUCGCCAACCUGAGCAACAAGUCGCAGCGCUACAUGGCGGACAUCUUCACCACCUGCGUGGACACGCGCUGGCGCUACAUGCUCAUGAUCUUCUCCGCGGCCUUCCUCAUCUCCUGGCUCUUCUUCGGCCUCCUCUUCUGGUGCAUCGCCUUCUUCCACGGCGACCUGGAGGCCAGCCCGGUGGUGGCCACGGCGGGGGCCCCGGUGGGCAGCGGCGGGGCAGCGCCAGCCACCCCCAAGCCGUGCAUCAUGCACGUGAACGGCUUCCUCGGCGCCUUCCUGUUCUCGGUGGAGACGCAGACGACCAUCGGCUACGGGUUCCGGUGCGUGACGGAGGAGUGCCCCUUGGCGGUCAUCGCCGUGGUGGUGCAGUCCAUCGUGGGCUGCGUCAUCGACUCCUUCAUGAUCGGCACCAUCAUGGCCAAGAUGGCGAGGCCCAAGAAGCGGGCGCAGACACUGCUGUUCAGCCACCACGCGGUCAUCUCGGUGCGAGAUGGCAAGCUCUGCUUGAUGUGGCGCGUGGGCAACCUGCGCAAGAGCCACAUCGUGGAGGCCCACGUGCGGGCCCAGCUCAUCAAGCCCUACAUGACCCAGGAGGGCGAGUACCUGCCGUUGGACCAGCGGGACCUCAACGUGGGCUAUGACAUCGGCCUGGACCGCAUCUUCCUGGUGUCGCCCAUCAUCAUCGUCCACGAGAUCGAUGAGGACAGCCCGCUGUACGGCAUGGGCAAGGAGGAGCUGGAGUCUGAGGACUUCGAGAUCGUGGUCAUCCUGGAGGGCAUGGUGGAGGCCACCGCCAUGACCACCCAGGCCCGCAGCUCCUACCUGGCCAGCGAGAUCCUGUGGGGCCACCGCUUUGAGCCCGUGGUCUUCGAGGAGAAGAGCCACUACAAGGUGGACUACUCGCGCUUCCACAAGACCUACGAGGUGGCCGGCACGCCCUGCUGCUCCGCCCGGGAGCUGCAGGAGAGCAAGAUCACCGUGCUGCCCGCCCCGCCGCCCCCGCCCAGUGCCUUCUGCUACGAGAAUGAGCUGGCCCUCAUGAGCCAGGAGGAAGAGGAGAUGGAGGAGGAGGCGGCGGCUGCGGCUGUGGCCGCCGGCCUGGGUCUGGAGGCAGGUUCCAAGGAGGAGGCGGGCAUCAUCCGAAUGCUCGAGCUUGGCAGCCACCUGGAUCUGGAGCGCAUGCAAGCCAGCCUCCCACUGGACAACAUCUCCUACCGCAGGGAGUCGGCCAUCUGACCUCCAGGCCCCUCAUCGCCUCCCGCUAGAGCCUCUGCUGGGGGGGAGAUGCCAGGACGCCCCCUCCACACUCAGGGCAGAGCUGACCCUGGCUCCAUGGACCUUCUGGAGGGAGGUGGGUGCUUCACAACUGGGGGACCCCUUCCUAGUGACUCUAGAACUCAGGCCUGGGAAGGGACCCAGAAAACCCUCAGCCCUGUCAACCCGAGUUCCCCAACGCCUACCUGCUGGUGGUGCGGGGACCCCAGCCUCACCACACUUUCCCCACUGACCCUCAAAGACGUGCCCCCUUUGUUCUCAGAACCUUGGGGAAAGCCGCUGGACUCUGGAGGGUGGGCUUCGUAGGGUCCGGGGUGGGCAGGGGUUCGUUUUGGGGGAGGGAGGGGUGUGCGUUUCUUUUGCAUGACUGUGAUCUGUUGCUCAUGACUUUCUUUUGUAAAUAUCUAUAAAUGGGGAGAGAUGGAGGCACC